CGGCUAUCAGUAGCUACGUGCCUCCUUCCCUCGCGUCUAAAUUCUCCCUUCCCUCUUCCUCCUCCAGCGCAGGCGGUGGACCAAACAUGGGGGAAGUCAUGCUGCCACGGCGCCUGUUCCUGUGGUGCAUGGCGGUCAUCUACAUGGCUGCUUUUGUGUCCCUGUAUGUGCAGCUGCCAGGUCUCUAUGGCAACGACGGGCUGCUGCCCGCCCGCCGGCAGCUGCGCUACACCGGGACGCCUCUGCUGGAGCAGCUGAUGUCGUCUCCCACGCUGCUGUGGCUGGGACCCCGGCUCGGCCUGGACACUCACAGUGCCAUGGAGCUGCUGUGUCUGGUCGGAGCUGCGCUGAGCCUCGCCGCCACGCUGGUGGAGCCUCUCAGAGACAGCCUGGUGUUCUUCCUCCUCUGGGCUUUGUACCUGUCCCUGUACCAGGUGGGCCAGGUAUUCCUCUUCUUCCAGUGGGACAACUUGCUUCUAGAGACAGGCUUCCUCUGCAUCCUCGUCGCCCCGCUGACAUUACUGAGGGGAUCGCGAGCGGUCAGGGAGCACGAUCGCGUGACCUUCUGGCUGACUCGCUGGCUACUCUUCCGGCUGAUGUUUGCCUCAGGAGUGGUGAAGCUCACAUCGCGGUGUCCCACAUGGUGGGGACUUACAGCGCUGACCUAUCACUAUGAGACUCAGUGUAUCCCCACUCCACUGGCUUGGUUUGCCCAUCAGCUGCCAGUGUGGUGGCAGAAGCUGAGUGUGGUAGCAACCUUCGUUAUAGAGAUUGCUGUACCUUUUCUGUUCUUCAGUCCGCUGCGCAGGCUGCGACUUGGAGCUUUUUACUUGCAGGUGCUGCUUCAAGUUCUCAUUAUUUUCUCCGGAAACUACAAUUUCUUCAACCUCCUGACGCUGGCCCUCUGUCUGCCUCUUCUGGAUGAUCAGCAUGUGCGUUUCUGGCUGCGCAAAAAGGACAAAGCCAAGGACGACGACAACAAUGAUUCAAAGCUGCAGUCGUGGCUGUGUUACCUGCUGGAGCUGGCCGUCUGGUCUCUCAUAAUCUUUGGGACAGUUCUCUGCUUUGACCUGCAGGUGGACACAACCAAGAAAAGCGUCUCAUCCCGGACUGCAUUCACAUACCACCAGUUUAACCAGUGUUUGAAGACUGUCACUAUGCCCUGUGUCUGGAUUGGUGUCCUCUCUCUCACCUGGGAGAUGGUCACGUCUAUGUUCAGGUGUGCGUGCGUCUCUGGUUUCCUGAAGAGGUUUUGGGGGAUGGUUCAGUGGAGCUUGUUUGCAGCCGCCGCUGCCUCCAUGUUUGCUGUCAGUCUGGUGCCAUUUACCUUUAUAGAGUAUGACUCUAAUGCCAAGGUGUGGCCAGGGGUCCGUCAGGCCUACGAGCUGCUCGAUCGCUACCAGCUGGUCAACUCAUACGGCCUGUUCAGAAGAAUGACCGGGGUCGGCGGGAGGCCAGAGGUCGUCAUAGAGGGAAGCAAUGAUGGGGUCACAUGGACGGAGAUUGAAUUCAUGUACAAGCCGGGGAAUAUGAGCGCAUCUCCUCCCGUGGUGACUCCACAUCAGCCCAGACUGGACUGGCAAAUGUGGUUUGCUGCUCUGGGGCCACACACACAAUCCCCGUGGUUCACCAGCCUGAUGUACAAACUGCUGCAAGGCAAGACUGACGUGAUCGAGCUGAUCCAGACGGACGUGUCCAAGUAUCCGUUUCCCCAGCAGCCUCCUACCUACCUCCGAGCUCACCGCUACAGAUACUGGUUUACUGAACCAAAGGCAGACGGCUCUUAUCCCGAGCGUUGGUGGAGAAGAGUCUAUGAUGAGGAAUUCUAUCCCAUAGUGCACCUGGGUAACGGCUUUCUGGAGAACAUGCUCAAACAGUUUGGACUCAAGGACAAGUCGUCUCCACGUCGCGUAUCCAACACGACCCUUGCCCAGGCGGUAAGGUGGGUGCGUUCUCAGGUCAGAGGCGUCCCUGCCCACACCCUAAUCUGGACCCUUGUGGCCUGCAGCACCACCUUCUGUCUGCUCCAGGGACUGCGAGGCAGAAACGGACGCACAGAACGGACCUCGCACCCUGAAAAGGCUGCUGCGUCUACCAGCGAUCUAACACAACAGGUCGCUAAUGGUUCUUCAGACCAUCAGGAGACAGAUGAACAGCGGGCAAAAGAGGAGGAAGAGCAUGGAGAGGACAGUGGGGAUGAAGUGGUGGAGGACCAAGAGGAGGAGAAUGACACUACUGGUGAGCACAGUGAGGAGGAGGAGGAUGAGGAGGAAGAUGGGGUGGAAAAGAAGACUGAAUGAAAUUCAAAUGAUAACUCUUCUUCCCACCCGACUUCAUAUGAUUCCACCGGAUACCAAAGACUUUGUUUUGUGUGUAUUCAUGUGUUCUCGUCCCCCACAUUUUUUACCUUCCUUAAACCAACACUGUUCACUGCGCACACACGUCUGCAUAUCCUCUAUUCACUGUGGAGCUGGACACGUGAAGCACGCCUGCUUGAUUCGUUCACCUCCAAGACUCCAAGGGGAAAUCCAGUCUGAAAAAAGCCACUAUGCCUGAAAUUCAAAGCAUGCCAGGAACUCCGAUUUGCCAAACAAUGUUGUAAAUGUAGAGCGUUGUUUGUUUCCUGACUGUGUUUUGAAUUUGCUGUAUGUACAGAAUGAAAACAAAGAAGCACUUUUCCUUCCAGAUGUUUAAAUUUAGUUUAAAAAAAAAAAAUGACACACAAGAAACAUUAUACUUGUUUAAAAAUGUUUUAUACAUAUGUAAUACAAUAAAAUACAAUAAAAAUUUUCA